AUGGCAGAUUCAGAUUCGAGUGUUUCUGAGAUGGAAGGAUCCAUUAGUAGCGGGGAGGUGUGGUCAACACUUUCAGAGGAUUGGGAGAUCAGCUCUGAGGAGACUGACCCAGAGGAGAUGUUUGGGGAGAGAGUGGAUUACUCCCCGAUUGUCCAUCACACCCGUGGGCGAUUAGCGAAGAGGGAUGAGGAGGAGGACCCGAUAGAGGAGGAUCCCGAGGAGGAGGACCCGAUAGAGGAGGACCCCGAGGAGGAGGACCCGAUAGAGGAGGACCCCGAGGAGGAGGACCCGAUAGAGGACCCCGAGGAGGAGGACUUGAUAGAGGAGGACCCCAAGGAGGAGGACCCGAUAGAGGAGGAUCCCGAGGAGGAGGACCCAGAGGAGGACCCCGAGGAUCCUAUGGACGAUGAGGAGCCCAUGGAGUGGGAAUUUGAGGUGGCACCAGAGGCUCUACAUGGUGAGAUCCUAGAAGGAGUUCCACUUGGUUGGGAGCUUGACCUAGAUGAGGAGGAAUGGGCAUGGGAGGAUGAGCCGAUGGUGGAGGAUCCUGCAGAGGAUGAAGAGCAGGCGGAGAUUAGCCUCGAUGGUAGUGAACCACAGCCGACUGAGGCCUCUGAUACGGAAUCUACUUCUAGCAGCCCUUCCACCUCUUCCUAG